AUGGCUGAUAGAAGCUUUAUGGUGGACUGGAAAAAGGGUUCAGAUAGUGCUUACACAGUUGCUUUAUAUGAAUCCAAGCUGUGGCUCAAGAGGCUAGGCCAUACCAAUUACAGGUCAUUGUAUCUGAUGACCAAAGAAAACUUGGUUGAAAACUUUUCCAAAACAGUUGAGAAAGAAGAAGUCUGUGAAGUAUGUUGCAAGCUAAAGACAUUAAGGUCCAACAAUGGUACAGAAUACACUUCAUCAAGGUUUCAAGGCUUUUGUGAUGAAGCAGCUCGCCUGAGAGUCUUUGGAUACACAUCCUAUGCUUAUGUUCCAGCAGUAAAGAGAGACAAAGACGUUGUAUUUGAUAAGAAAUCAAGUAGGAAUUGGGAUAAAAAUAAACCAAAGAUUACUGUUGAAGACCUGGUGACAGAUCAUACUGAAGCUAAUCAAAAUGAUGCUGAAAUGGACAUUGGUGAUAUGCCAGUUAGAGGAACCAGACCAUUAGCUGAGAUAUAUGCAAGAACAGAUGUAGCAAUUGUUGAACCAUGUUUUUUUGAAGAGGCUGAAGCUCAUCAAGGUUGGAAACAGGCCAUGCUCGAUGAAAUGAGCAUGAUUGAAAAGAAUCAGAUCUGGCAACUAGUAGCAAGACUAGAUAAAAAGAAGGUCAUUAGAGUGAAGUGGGUGUUUCGAGCCAAGCACAAUAUUGAUGGAACUCUAAACAAGCUGAAAACAAGGCUAGUAGUAAAGGGAUUCAGUCAAAAGUAUGGUAUAGAUUACUUUGAAACCUUUUCACCAGUAGCCAGACUUGACACAAUCAGGUUGCUAGUUGCCUUGGCUGCACAUAAGCAAUGGAAAAUACAUCAAAUAGAUGUAAAAUCAGCGUUUCUCAAUGGUUUUCUUGAUGAGGAGAUAUAUGUUGAGCAGCCUGAAGGAUUCAAAAUUGUUGGUGAAUAG